AUGCCGAAACGGAAAGCUCCUACUCAACUCUCUGCCCUUGCUGGCUCGGAUGAUGAGGAUCUGAUGCAACUCACUGAAAACGAAAGCGCCCCUUUCCCCGACGCGCGCGACGAGCCUCCCGUCAAACGUCGACGAGGCCGACCGCGUACUUCCAACGAAACUGCCACCGAGACCAAAACCACGCGAGCAAAGAAGCAGGCAUCAGAGCCACCGUCUCAGGAUGAAGCUACAGUAGCCAAAAAGCCUGUUCGUCGAGGGAGACCUCGAGGAAGCAGUCGCACGGCCGAUAAUCCUGCGGGUCAAGAGCGGGCAGCCGUGACGCAGGAGUCAACAGAGGAUGAAGACACCAAUGACCAGGAGAAUGAAGAUCCGAAGGCUACAAAGGGUACGAAGACUUCGCGCGCUGCCCAGAAGGCUAAGCCAGCAGCUGCGACAACGACAGCGACCGCAGCGCGUCGCCGAGCCCGAGCACCCAGCGUGGCAAAGCAGACAGACGGCGAAUUUGAGUACACUCCGACACGCGCUGCCCAACUACAGCAACUACAGCCUGAACACGAAGUGCUCGAUUCGCAGAUGCAUGAGACCGAGCCUGGGGUUGACGAGUCUGUUCUCCCAGACCCUCCAACUCGCUACGCAUCCUCAUCUGUUGUUAAGAAUGCGCGAGCCCGAAUGGCCAUUGUACGGACACAGGAUGCCUCACCAAACAAGCGCAAGUCUGCUUUUGGAGUCGAGCAAGUUGUUGAUCCGGACUUAAGGCGUAGGAUUGGAGAUCUCACCAAGAAGCACGAUGGAUUAGAAUCGAAGUAUCGCAAUCUUCGCGAGAUUGGUAUCGUAGAAGCCAACACCAACAUGGAAAGGUUGCGCAAGCAAUGUGAGAGUAUCACCACAGCAUCGAACGAAUUGGUCGCUUCGCUCCGAACCGAAUUAGAAGCACAGCGAGCGCUUGGACAGCAGAGCCGCACUCUCCAGAAGCAACUUAAAGACCGGGAUGCCGAAAUGGCCCGGCUCAAGACCGAGGCCGAGGAAGCUCGCUCUCAUCUUGCGGCGACACAGGCCGAAGUCAAGGCCUUGCAGACGAAGCUCGCCGCAGCACGCAGCACAGCCGCAAGCCUCGAGAGUGUAGCCAAGGUCCCCGGAAGCGCCAUGAAGAUUGGAACCAACCGCGCAACCGCCGCUGUGACAGCCGAGGCCGCACAAGCAGCCCAGCUCGCCUCGCUCAAGGAGGAGCUAUAUACUGACUUGACUGGAUUGAUUAUCCGGGAUGUCAAGAACAGAGAGACAGAUGAUCUAUACGACUGCAUUCAGACCGGUGUCAACGGAACACUGCACUUCAAGCUUGUUAUUCCCAAGGUGGCUUCGUCGAAGUACGAGUCGGCGGAAUUCCAGUAUUUGCCCUUGCUGGAUGCGAACAGGGAUCGUGACUUGGUGAAUAUCCUUCCCGAUUUCUUGGCGGUGGAUAUCACCUUUAGUCGGGGGCAGGCGUCCAAGUUCUAUACAAGGGUUAUUGAUGCCUUGACGAAGCGGCGGUCGAGCUCAACGCGGCAGUAG